UGGGUAUAGCAGGGGAGAGUGGUCACCCCUGUUGGUACAGUAUAACAGCUGGUAUUUGGAUGGUCGAGGGAUAAAACCUCUCCUCUGAAACUUGCAGAACACUUCUGGUUUAGUCAUAGAGCCACCAUGAACAAGAAUACCUGUAGUCUACACGGGAGGAGCAAAAGUGUUUCAGAAGAAGCUCUGCAGCACAGCAUUGAGGACGAAGAAUCUUUCCAGGGAAUGGAGCCCUAUCUUGUGCGGAGAUUAUCGUCCCGUAACAUCCAGCUUCCUCCGCUGGCUUUCAGGCAGUUAGAACAGGCAGACUGGGAUAAAAAGAAUGAUACUGAGACUAUCCCAAGGCCCACAACUCUUCCACUGAGGAUUCCUCCUCUGAUUGCCAUUACAUCUGCUGAGUCCAGCAGUUUCGAUGUAGACAAUGGUACAUCAUCGGGACGAAGUCCCUUGGAUCCCAUGACGAGCCCUGGAUCAGGGCUAAUUCUUCAGGCAAAUUUUGUCCACAGUCAACGCAGGGAGUCUUUCCUUUACCGGUCAGACAGCGACUAUGACCUGUCUCCAAAGUCCAUGUCCAGGAACUCCUCCAUUGCCAGUGAUAUACAUGGAGAUGACUUGAUUGUGACACCAUUUGCUCAGGUGCUGGCCAGCCUGCGUACUGUACGGAAUAACUUUGCUGCAUUAACCAAUUUACAAGAUCGGGCACCCAGCAAACGAUCACCAAUGUGUAACCAACCAUCUAUUAACAAAGCAACUAUAACAGCGCAUCUGCAGUUUGACAUCAUAUCCUCUCUGUGUACCAGCGUCCUCGACCUCCCUGCUGCCUUGGAAUGCCUGUUCUUUCCACGAGGUUUUCACAGUGUCACGCUGAAUAUUCAAUGUCAGCUCUGUGCAGCUGAAACUCUGCAGAAGGAAUGCCGCGUCCCAAAACUCACCACCUUCGGUGCAGAAAGAACCGUAAGGUGCCAGGUGUGUCCCUUGUACUGCUAUACCAUUUCCAGUGGAAGUUUUCCCUACCAAUGCAUGGCUUUCUCUCCUUUGCAGCUUCAGUAUACUCUACAGAAAAACAAAUCAAAAAUGCCUGAGGCAAACUAUUUACUCUCAGUUUCUUGGGGCUACAUAAAGUUUAAAAGAAUGCUCAACCGGGAGCUAACCCACCUGUCUGAAAUGAGCAGAUCAGGCAAUCAGGUCUCAGAAUAUAUAUCGAACACGUUCUUAGACAAACAACAUGAAGUUGAAAUCCCUUCUCCGACGCAGAAAGAGAAGGAGAAAAAGAAGAGGCCAAUGUCUCAGAUCAGUGGAGUCAAAAAACUGAUGCAUAGCUCCAGCCUAACAAAUUCCAGUAUUCCCAGAUUUGGAGUUAAAACAGACCAAGAAGAUGUUCUUGCCAAGGAACUAGAAGAUGUGAACAAAUGGGGCCUUCAGGUUUUCCGAGUAGCAGAGUUAUCUGGAAACAGACCUUUGACAGUCAUCAUGCACACCAUUUUUCAGGAACGGGACUUGUUAAAAACAUUUAAGAUUCCAGUAGAUACUUUAAUAACUUACUUGAUGACCCUAGAAGACCAUUACCAUACAGAUGUGGCGUAUCACAAUAACAUACAUGCUGCAGAUGUUGUUCAGUCAACCCAUGUCCUGCUGUCAACCCCGGCAUUAGAGGCAGUGUUCACUGAUUUAGAGAUCCUUGCAGCAAUUUUUGCCAGUGCAAUACAUGAUGUAGAUCAUCCUGGGGUUUCAAACCAGUUUCUUAUCAACACAAAUUCUGAACUCGCCUUGAUGUACAAUGACUCAUCAGUACUGGAGAAUCAUCACUUAGCAGUGGGCUUCAAGCUGCUGCAGGAAGAAAAUUGUGACAUUUUCCAGAAUUUGACCAAAAAACAGAGGCAAUCAUUGAGGAAAAUGGUCAUUGACAUUGUACUUGCAACAGACAUGUCUAAGCACAUGAAUCUAUUGGCUGAUUUAAAAACUAUGGUUGAAACCAAAAAAGUGACCAGUUCUGGUGUCCUCCUUCUUGAUAACUAUUCAGACAGGAUUCAGGUUCUUCAGAAUAUGGUGCACUGUGCAGAUCUAAGCAAUCCAACCAAGCCACUCCAUCUUUACCGCCAAUGGACAGACAGAAUCAUGGAGGAAUUUUUCCGUCAGGGAGAUCGGGAAAGAGAGAGGGGAAUGGAGAUCAGUCCCAUGUGUGAUAAGCACAAUGCAUCUGUAGAAAAAUCACAGGUGGGUUUUAUAGACUACAUUGUUCAUCCUCUGUGGGAGACAUGGGCAGAUCUUGUUCACCCGGAUGCCCAGGAUAUCUUAGAUACACUGGAGGACAAUCGAGAGUGGUACCAGAGCACAAUCCCUCAAAGUCCCUCUCCUGCACCUGAUGACCAGGAAGAGGGUAGGCAGGGCCAAACUGAAAAAUUCCAGUUUGAACUAACACUGGAGGAAGACGGUGAGUCAGACACCGAAAAGGACAGUGGAAGUCAAGUAGAAGAAGACACCAGCUGCAGUGACUCCAAGACACUUUGCACCCAGGAUUCAGAAUCCACUGAAAUUCCUCUUGAUGAGCAAGUAGGGGAAGAAGUAGAAGAGGAGGAGAACCAGACAGAACCUUGUGUGGUGGAAGAACAUUCUCCUGACACAUAACAAUGAAGACGCAGUCUCUUUCGUUCUUGCCCUCUUUAUUUCUUUUCCUCUUUCUGUUUUUUCUGUGGGUUUGGGAUUGGUUUUGGGGUUGUUUUUUUUUUUUGAUUAGGUAAUGUUUUCCAAAGUGUAUGUCAUAUGCUAAAACCGUGGCCAGAACUCGCUGUCAUCUGCCAGGACAUUUGUUGAUCAAAACUGACCUUGAUGACUCGGUUUGGCACUCAGGAAUAUUGUAACCAGAAUUUUCACCUCCAUGACAUCAAAAAUCAGAGGGGAUAACAUUCAUAAACUACACUUUAGUAAGCUCUCCAUUUGGCAGAUUUGAUUAAAUAAAUCAAGUGUUUUCAAAGGAGUAUCACCUGCCAACCAAAUGCUGAUAUGCUUUGAUAGUUUUUGAAUUCGUUGUGUUUCACAAUCAAAGUAUUAGAUAAUGCUCAUCAUGAGAGGAAACAGAAAACAAACUGAGGUUCGUACUGAGAAACAAAUGCACAUAAGUGAUGGGAUAUGUGAUUCUGUUAACAAUACGAUGAUGAGCUGUGGAAAUUGCAUCAUUUUCUAACUUCAGGUUUUCCUGAUGCGUGACAAAAAAGUGUGACCCAGUGGGUUGCUCUAGCCUCUGGAUUUCAUAUAGUAUGUAAGAGAUAGAUCUUUUGUAGAGCUUACUUUUAUUAUUAAAUGUACUGAGGUAUUAUAUUUAAAGAAAAACAUUUUCAGACUUCAUCUGCCACUGGUUAUUUUUUUCCAAAGAGAAACUUACAAGUUUUCAGUACAAAUCUGUGCUACACUGGAUAAUACUUCUAGGGAUUUUUUCCCUUCCUUCUUUUUUUUGCACCUUAAUCUCAUGGUAAUAUUGAGCUGUAAAAGUCAAUUUUAUAUAUUUGUGAGUUUCAUGAAUAUCCUUUGUUACAUAAAACUUCUUCAGUAUGAUAGCUUUUUUGGUUUUAGUUUUCCCAAACAUAUUAGAGGAACUUACAUUGUGCUUUUGCCCUUAUACUGGCCUGAUCCUGACAAUUCUAUCUUACUACAAGUUCCAGUGAAACCAGCUGGGACCACUAAGGUUAGAAUUUGCAUAACUAAAGCCUGUAAGAGAGGUAAAUGAAUUGUUGUCUUAAUACAAAGGCAUUUCAGCUGGACAGGGUGCUGGGCCAUCUUGUCCAGAUGAUGCUUUUACCAAGAAAGGUUGGACCAGGUGAUCCUUGACAUCCCUUCCAACCUGAAUUCUGUGACUAUGAAAAGCAGCUCCUCUGCUAUACUAAUAAAAUUUGUUCCUCUGAAACAUGGUUUCCAGACCAGUUUUGGCUGGGAGCUAUAGACUGCUAAAUCGAAACAGGCUAAUACAACGUAUGGAAUAUUUGUUCUGGUGAAAAAAAGCAUUAGUGUAAUAUUUCCAAGUUUGACUUGAUCUUUUUAUCUGUGUCAGCUACCUAGUUAAACCAUUUGCUAAUCUGAGAUGCCUACAGCAUAAAAAUAAUGUUUAGCAUUUUUCAUGUCUUUGUUGCAAGAAGAGCUGGGUCAGUCUUUUUAUGUUUUUAAGUAAAUGAGCAAUGCAUCGUGAGAAUUGUAGUUUACUCCCCAUUAUUUCAGUCUCAGAUCUUUUCAUCCUUUAUCCAGCUUGUGCUGAGGAAAUCCUGCUUUUUAGUUUGAUUGGUCCUGAAAGCUUCUGUAACUUGGAAAGUUAAAGGGAGGUAGGAGUUCAAUCUAUCAUUUUCCAGUCCUGUUGUUUGGUCACAUGAAAGAGGAAGGAAUUUUAUUUCCUCCAUUUUACUCUUUGUUAAAAUUGCAGUUUUGAGCCUAGAAGAUGGGGAAUAGUUGCCUAGGGAAGCUAGCAGACUCCCAGUCUUUUUAAAAUUUUGGUAAAAAUAGCAACAUCAAGAUGAUUUAUUAACAAAAGAUAGCAACAGCCUUUAUUUUACCCUUGGAUCCAUUUUGACGUAAGUUUGCAGAUAUGAAUGCAGGGUUUUUUAAGUGUCUGAGAUCUAGAAUAAAAACCUGUUAAAAACAAUUGGCUAAUAAUUCAGCUUUUAAAUGCAUUUUGCAUUCUUCUGUAUCCAGGUCAUAGUUUUCUCUACCUUUAGCCCUCACAGGGCUUUAGCACAGAAGAUGCUAAAGAAGGAAAGAGAAUUAAGAGAACUCAUGGGUUGGGGUUUUUUUUCUCAAUUUUUGACUUGUUCUUCAUCAUUUCUCCUGAACGUGAUCCAUUUAAAAAUCCUUUCAGUCCCCAAGAGUGCCUGGAACCUUAGUAAUGGAAAAGCAAUAUAAAUUCCAAAAUAACCAAUAGGGACCUGAAAAGGUUUGUAUCUGCACUAAUUGAAAGUAAAUGAAAAGCAUAACACCAUACUGAGAUAUACACCCAUACAUGUGGACAAUCAAAUAAUAGAAAAUUAAAUCAUUUCUUAGAGCCAGGGAUAUAAUGCACUGUACAAUCUUUUUUUUCCUCUUUUGCCAAAGUGUGUUUUAGCAUUGCACACUGCUUUAAAACAAUACAAUUUACAAGUGGCUUUAUGUGUUCUGAAUAUUUUUGCCAUAAAAAAAUGCAGUGAGUGGAUAAAGUGGGGAAAAAAAGAAAAUUCAUCUUGCUAUAACAGUACAUUUUAGCUUGCAAGUUACUGUACUCAAUGCUGUAUUUGAAUUGUUAAAUUGUUUUGUGUUAUUAAAAAAUGAUGAUGAAAGAAUAUAGAUAAAUAGCAUUCAGAAAUUUAAAAACUUUUAUGAAAUGGAUUUUACAGAAAGCUUUGACAGUUCUUUUCAAAUGCAUUAUUUAUUUUGUGCCAUGCAUUUUUCUCACCAAAUGACCUUACCUGUAAUACAGUCUUGUUUGUCUCUGUUUACAACCAUGUAUUUAUUGUAAUGUACAUACUGUAAUGUUAAUUGUAAAUUAUCAGUUCUUAUUAUAACAUCAUCCUUGUCAGGGUGGUGUUGCUAUAUUUGGAAACUCUUGGUGAGAGAAUGAUUGUGUAUACAUAUUCCUUGUACAUUUUUUUUCUCCUGUAAGAUAUCCAGUGUCACCUUAGAGCUUGUUUAUGGAAGAGUCGAGAAAAGUAUAAAAUUCAUAAAGAUAACAAUAAAAAAAGCUGCAGGUCUUUGGUCCCAGGGCUGUGCCUUAACUUUAAACAAUAUUUUCUUCUGUUUUGCUGCAUUUGGAAGUAACAUAGCUGUGGGGCUAGGGCUGGGCAUUUCUACCAUAUUUUUAGUUGCUGACAGGUGGGGAUAAUUGUAUGAGCUAUUAUGCAUGAUACUACAAUGAGCUUUCAUUCACGACCCUACUGGAAGUUCAAUCUUUUCCAGACUUCUGGCAAUGUAAUUGUAUUGCCUGUCUUAUAAUCUUUUUUACAAGCUAUCAUCAGGGUUUAUUGCAGCCAUUUUUUUCUCCUAAAAAAGUAUAAAAUCGAUACUGUAUUUCAGUACGAAACUCUACUGAAACAGCUUUGGAAAGCAUCUGUAAUAAGCAUUUGAUUUUAGUGCAUAUUGGGAAAUGGAAUAGUCAGAAUUAAAAGGGUAUAACUUAUACACUUUUACAUUGUCUGUAAUAUCUCUUCUUUAUUUAAUAGUACAAACUAUCACUAUAUAAGCAGAAUCCAUAAAGUAGGACAAAAGACAACUUUAAUCUUGUAAAUGCUUUCCAACACCAAUAUUAGUGUUAUAAGCAGCCAAAGUUUUAUUUUAUAUAGUUGUAUUUAAGGCUUUGCACAGGUUUGUAUAGCAUGAUGCACUAGAUCUAGAGGAGGGUGGUAAACCUUUAGAUCUUUUAAUAACACUAGUGUUAGGUUUGCAGGUUGGACCGAGCAUCUCUUGCUGUUUGACCUGCUACAUUGCUUCAGACUACUUAGAGCUGAUAUCAAUGAAUUUGCCAGAGUGAGGUAAAUACCUCUCCUCCAUUCCAGUGAUGCCCAGCCCUUGUAGCAUGGGACUUCUUUAUGAAAGGAGAGAUUCUUUUUCAAGGAAAAACAGAGCCUCCUUUUUGACACAAACUGUAGAUUUUAGCAGCCCUGGCCCAAAGGAAAUUGAUUGCUUUUGUUUUAAUUGGUAUUAAAAGGGACACCGUAUCAACAGAAAUCCUGAACAAUUUUUUGUUAUUGUUUUAAUUUGAUUUUUCUUUUUGUUAUGUCUUGAGAGUGGCAACUUGUGUGGACAUUGCACAUGACUAUUCUUUCACUGGUUUCUUAGCCUCUCUUACAGCCUAGGGGAUAGUAUUGUACAUCAAUACCUUCAUAUGAAAUUUUAUAUGCAAUGGAAAUAAAAGCAUGGGUUGAUUCUGCCUA